ACGAAGUGGAAGGGACGACGAUGACGACGACGACGACGACGAGGAGAACGUUCGGCACGUUUAGGCACAUAGAACUAAAUGUACGGCCGUAUAAGCAGCCAACAGCCAACAGGACACAGUUGUGCGCAGGACCCCAAGCGAAACACACGUCGCAAAUUGAAGCUAAAUAUAUCAUAUCAUUUGAAAGAAAACUAAAGUAAAGUAAAGAAAAGAGGAAAAAAAGAAAUCAAAGUCAAUAUGAAAAUGCUAAAAUUGUCAAAUCGAAUUGAUGCAAAUCGAAAGAAAACUUCGUUUGCCUCAAUUCUCAAUAAUCCUUUUAGCCUCAAUGUAAGUGGGCUUAUUGCUGUUAUUUUGGCUUUACUAAUGGUAUCAGCAACUCAGGGUUUACAAUUGAGCGCAUUUACAACAAAAACGCCAAGGGUCACCAAAUUUACAACCAAAGGGCCAUCGGCCUCGUCAAUGAAUCAUGAAGCGACCACUUCGAUUUAUCGUUUUAAUGCCACAAAUGGAAUAACCUGCAUUUUAAUGCAAGUUGACGGUUUAAUUGGCAUUAAAUAUCGCAAUAAAUUGGGUGAGGAUGUUGAAGCCGAUCUAUAUAUGCCGGAUACCCCACAAUUGAGUGGCGAAUGUGUUGAAUCAAAUAUGGAAAUAUUAACAAUGGAUUUUAGGGGUUUCCGUCUAUCCAUGACAUUCAAAAAGUCCUCUGGCGGCGAAGGCUGGUAUAUAAAUCUAUUUGAGCUGACCUAUUCAUCAUCUAAUUCACUUUUUGAGCAUCCCGAUCGUCCUGGAUUGAAUGUCAAGCUAACUUCACCUGUGCAUCAGCCAAUGUUUUUCCCAACGCCAGUGGGUAAAUCCUAUGUAUGCGAUAAGGAGAAAACUGUCAUUAUGUAUGCUCCACAAGAUUCGGGUGAUCAAUCGGGGCAUAUAGCUCGUCUGUAUUUGAGAGAUUUGCAUAUGCAAAGCUUCAUGUUCAAGGAGAGCGGCAAAUGGGGACCAUCAUUCCAUUGCAGUGCCACCGGUUCGUAUCGAGAUGAGACAGCUCCACUGGCUGUGGGCACAGCCCUGGCCAUUGCAGUUCUAUUGACCAUUUCGGGUUAUGGUGGCUGGCGUUACUUUAAAAUCAAGAAGGUCCAAUAUGGUUCCAUGGAGUAAGGAUCCAGAACAAAAAACAAAAAGAAAACCAAAUAAUAUUCAAAGAGAAAGGACUAAGGACCUCUCUCUAAUUCUCUUGUUUUAACUUAUCAACUUAUUUUCAUCAUAUCUUUGUCUACAUAUCCCCCCAAAAAAAGAACAAAAAACAAAUGUCACUCUAUAUAUCUCGCGCUCUACUUUUUCUUUCCCGAUGUUGGAUCGAUCUAAGUUAGAUAAUGAUUGUGUAUGAUUGUAUUAUGAUGAUAUUGUGUACCAGCGAUUAAUUGAAUGCAACUUAAGAUACAUAUACUAUAUACAUAUAUGAGAAUUGCAAAAUGUCUUCCAUAUCGUUAAUGUAUAAAAACAAAAACUAAAAGA